AAAGCAUUUAUCCCCAAGGGAAGCAGCUAUUUUAGAUCUGACUAAGGAGUCAGCUAAUAUUUUCAACUUUCCCUUCUGUUCUUUGUUUUUAAAGAGAGUCUGGUUUUGUUUCACUUUCAGCGGGAGACUUAAAUGACAUCAAGCAAAGCCUACUUAGUUUAGAUUUCCAGAAGUUUGUUGGUGAAAAAAAAUCAAACAUGAAGCAUGCAGUUUUGUUUUGUCUCAUUCUGCUUAUCAUUUUCCAAACUGAUUGUGAACAAAGAGAACAAGGUACUGGGAAGCAGAGGAGGAGGAUACAUCAGAGAAGACUCAGGAAAAGCUCCUCACUCCACCACAGAGCAAACAGGCAGCUUGGAAAUCAGCCAACUGCAGCAGCAGCAAAAGCUGCAUUACCCACUACCAACUCUGACUACAGUGUGGAGGGAAACUUAGAAUCCCUUCUAAGUCCUCUUGGAGCAGAGUCAAGUUACAAUGUGUUACCAGGAAAGAAAGGACACUGCUUUGUAAAGGGAAUGAUCAUGUACAACAAGGCCAUCUGGUCUCCUGAGCCCUGCAGCACCUGCCUCUGUUCAAAUGGAAGAGUACUUUGUGAUGAAACUGUGUGCCACCCCAAGACGUGCCCCUAUACCAUUAAGCCAGAAGGAGAAUGCUGCCCCAUCUGUUCUGAUGCUGAACAAAGAGAAUCCAUUGACAUGCUUCACAAGCAAGUGAAACCUCCUCAGAUGGAAAUGGACCAAAUAGUUAUAAAAGAAGCUCUUCAAUCCGAGGAGGAAGAAGAAGACAUGAAAGAACACAUGGAGCACAAGAACGAAACCUCUGGGCCUACUACACUUCACAGUGAUGAGGAAAGAGUGGAGGGAAAGCUGAGGUCUGAGGAGGAAAGGCGGUCAGCACGUCAACCACUCUACCAUGGACGAGGGGAGGAAGAGGAUGAUUAUGAGGAGUCUGAAGGGGAAGGAGAAAAGGAAGAGGAGGAUGCCAUAAGAGGAGAUGUGUUCCGAAUGUCCCCCAGGUUAAUGCCUGGUACUCCAAGAGGCAGGCCACGCCUGCCCGGAAGCUGUGCCCUGUCCUACAAGACCAUCAGCUGCAUUCAUGCGGCCUUCACCCAGAUCCCACCAAUAACAGCACCAGAAGUAACAAGCCUGGAGCUGGCUGGGAAUUCAAUCAUUUCCAUUCCGGACGAAGCAUUUAAUGGAUUACCAAAUUUGGAAAGGCUUGAUCUGAGCAGAAAUAAUAUCACUUCUUCAGGCAUAGGUCCAAAAGCAUUCAAGGUUUUGAAGAAGUUAAUGCGUCUGAACAUGGAUGGAAAUAAUUUGGUACGCAUCCCUUCAGAAUUACCAUCUACACUAGAAGAACUUAAAAUAAAUGACAAUAAUCUCCAGGCCAUCGAUGAAGAAAGUUUAUCAGACUUAAAUCAACUUGUCACCUUAGAAUUGGAAGGAAACAAUCUCAGUGAAAUCAAUGUCAAUCCGUUAGCUUUCAAAUCUUUGAAGAGCCUUUCAUACCUACGUCUGGGAAAAAACAAAUUUAGAAUCAUACCACAAGGUCUUCCUGCUUCUAUUGAGGAAUUAUACCUAGAAAAUAAUCAAAUUGAAGAAAUAACUGAAAUUUGUUUCAAUCAUACCAGAAAGAUUAAUAUGAUUGUACUACGUUAUAAUAAAAUAGAAGAAAGUCGGAUUGCUCCUUUGGCAUGGAUAAAUCAAGAAAAUCUUGAAUCCAUCGACUUGUCCUAUAACAAGCUUUACCAUGUCCCCUCCUAUCUACCUAAGUCUCUGCUGCACCUUGUACUAAUUGGGAAUCAGAUUGAACGGAUCCCUGGCUAUGUUUUUGGCCAUAUGGAACCUGGCCUGGAGUACUUGUAUCUGUCAUUUAAUAGACUUUCUGAUGAUGGUGUGGACCUAGUCUCAUUCUACGGGGCAUAUCAUUCUCUGAGAGAAUUGUUUCUGGAUCACAAUGACUUAAAAUCCAUACCACCUGGAAUACAAGAAAUGAAAGCACUACAUUUUCUGAGGCUGAACAACAAUAAGAUUCGGAAUAUUCUUCCUGAACAAAUUUGCAAUGUUGAAGAAGACGAAGACUCUGCUCUAGAACAUCUUCAUCUUGAAAACAAUUACAUUAAAACUAGAGAAAUAUCCCCUUAUGCAUUUUCAUGCAUAAGACUGUAUUCAAGUAUUGUUCUUAAACCACAAAAGAUCAAGUAAUUUCAAGUUUUCAUUUGCCAUUUAUAAAUUUUACUGAUGCAUUAAAAUUACAUCUUUGUGUGUGUGUGUGUGUGUAGGGGGUGCACAUGAGUGCAAUGCCUUCAGAAGCUAGAACAGAAGAGGGUUUUAUUUUUUUUGUUGUUGUUUUUUUUUGUUUUUCGAGACAGGGUUUCACUGUGGCUUUGGAGCCUGUCCUGGAACUAGCUCUUGUAGACCAGGCUGGUCUCGAACUCACAGAGAUCCGCCUGCCUCUGCCUCCCGAGUGCUGGGAUUAAAGGCGUGCGCCACCAUCGCCCGGCCAGAAGAGGGUUUUAGAUACUGUGGAGCUCAAGUCACAGGUGGUUCUGAGCCAACUGAUGUGCGGCUGUGAACUGAACUUGGGUCCACUGUAAGAUCAGUACCUGUUCUUAACUUCUUGAACCAUCUCUCUAGUCCCCCAAACACUAUUAUAAUGAUAACGUCUUGGUUUAAAUAAUUUUACAGUGGUUAUAUGCACAUUGGUAAGGAAAGCUAGCAGAAGGGCAUACAAAAAUCACUAUAUGUUUGGAAUUACUUUUUUAAGUAAAGAAAAAAAGCCAUUUUAAGACUGUUUCCAUGUCUUCUUCAGUAAGAACAAAAGAUUACAGAAAGAAGGCUGGGCAUGGUAGCACACCUUUAAUCCUAGCACUUGGGAGGGAGAGGUAGGAGGAUCUCCAUGAGUUUGAAGCCAGCCUGUUUAAUAUAGUGAGUUCCAGGACACCCAGGGCUAUGUAGAAAGACCCUGUCUUAAAAAAAAAAAAGAAAAAAAGAGAAACUAUGAAAAAAUAGUAGUUUGCUAAAAAAAACCCCAAAUUAUUGUUAACUAUAAGCUAAUAAGUUAAAUGUAAAAAUAAUUCAUUUCUGAAAAUAUUCCUCCACUAGUUAGCAAUCUUCUCUUUUGCCCUACUUGCUAAAAUGUUCUUAGUUUAAUGAAUAAAGUAUAUUUAUUACACACUGACUUGUAAUGAUUUCUUUUUAUUAAUGUAAAUUUUAUUUGUUUAUUGAGAUAGUGUCUUACUGUGUAGCUCUGGCUG